AAGAAACAGCUGUUUGCCUUAGCUAAGGCAAUUGAGAAAGAUUUUUAGCAACAUUUCAAUUGGUGGCAGUUGAAAUAAUAACGAGUAUAACUAUGGCUGCAGCUCGUCGAGAUAUAGCUCCUUUACUGCAACGCGUGCGUGCCUUUCUAUUGGGACGGGAACACACUCUGGCCCUGCGAUUCGAGGAUGGCGUAGCUGACCGCACACAACCGCAACCAGUGAUUCCCGACGGACCAUCUCAUCUGUACUCGGCCAAUUAUUAUUGCCAGCGGGAUGCACGUCGUGAAGUUAAUCCACCAAUUGAUUUGGUUCUGGAACAAAAGCAGCUAGAAGCGGAGGGCACAACUGUGCCCAAAACAAAACUGCCCACACCAGGCCAAGUCUACUCCUGGGAUUAAGAGCUCAGACGCGGGAAAUUUGUCUAAGUCGUUAUCCUUGUAAAUGUAAAAUAGAUUCAAUAUACCUGCACGAAAACAAAA